UCCUUCCGCAACGCACACGCGAGCGAGCUUUCCUCUCGUGAUCGUCGUCCACCGGCGGCGAUCCGUACGCCCGCGCUCGCUGGUUGAGACAGAAGUUGGAGCACAACCAAGAUGGCUGACAGCCAUGAAACUGACAAGAACAUUGAGAUUUGGAAAGUCAAGAAGCUGAUUAAAGCACUUGAUGCUGCACGUGGAAACGGGACAAGCAUGAUCUCACUGAUCAUGCCACCUCGUGAUCAGGUCUCUCGAGUCACCAAGAUGUUGGGUGAUGAAUACGGAACGGCCUCUAAUAUCAAGAGUAGGGUCAACAGGCAAUCUGUUUUGGCUGCUAUCACAUCUGCUCAACAAAGGCUGAAGCUUUACAACCGAGUUCCCCCCAAUGGAUUAGUGCUUUACACCGGCACCAUUGUCACGGAUGAGGGCAAAGAAAAGAAAGUCACCUUUGACUUUGAACCUUUCAGGCCAAUCAAUGCUUCCUUGUACCUCUGUGACAACAAGUUUCACACUGAGGCGUUAAAUGAGCUGCUGGAAUCUGAUGAUAAGUUUGGCUUCAUCGUCAUGGAUGGCAAUGGCACUCUUUUUGGAACACUCAGUGGCAACUCAAGAGAGGUUCUUCAUAAGUUUUCUGUUGAUCUCCCCAAGAAACAUGGACGAGGAGGGCAGUCAGCACUUCGUUUUGCCCGCCUACGCAUGGAGAAACGCCACAACUAUGUGCGCAAGACAGCUGAGCUUGCUACACAAUUCUUCAUUAAUCCUGGUACUAGCCAGCCAAAUGUUUCUGGGCUCAUUAUAGCUGGUUCUGCUGACUUUAAGACUGAAUUGAGUCAGUCUGACAUGUUUGAUCAGCGCCUGCAAGCAAAGAUACUUAAGGUGGUUGAUGUUUCAUAUGGUGGGGAGAAUGGCUUUAACCAAGCUAUUGAGAUAUCUGCUGAAGUACUUUCAAAUGUCAAGUUCAUCCAAGAAAAGAAGUUGAUUGGGAAGUAUUUUGAAGAGAUUAGCCAAGACACUGGGAAGUACGUUUUCAGUGUGGAGGAUACUAUGUCUGCCCUCGAGAUGGGUGCAGUUGAGACACUGAUUGUGUGGGAAAAUCUUGAUGUCAACCGAUAUGUUCUGAAAAAUUCUGUAACUGGAGAAACUACGGUAAAGCACCUCAGCAAGGCACAGGAGACAGAUCAGAGCAACUUCCGAGAUAAGGCGACUUCUGCAGAACUAGAGGUGGUGAACAAUACCUUGUUGCUUGAGUGGUUUGCUGAGAAUUACAGGCAAUUUGGUUGCACCCUGGAGUUUGUCACGAACAAAUCGCAGGAAGGAUCUCAGUUUGUUAGGGGCUUUGGUGGGAUAGGAGGUAUUCUUCGCUAUCAGGUUGAGAUUAAUGCUUACGAAGAUUUGUCUGAUGAGUUUGAUGAAGACUAUGAAUAGCAAUCAAUUGAAACAACUUCAGUGAUUCCGGUCCGCAAGGAGCCCGUGCUGGCCCCGAACGCACCGGGACAGGAGGAGGUCGAGACAUCCACAAAAUCACCGAGGAACACUUAAGGGGUGAAGAGAAGACUUUUUUUUAUCUUUCUAGGGAUGAAGAGAAGACUUGAGAAUAAUGAUCUUCUUCAUGUCAUGAAGAAUGAUGCUGCUGCAAAAGUGAAGCCCUGUCUGUUUGAUGGAGAAGCCCUGUCUGUUUGAUGGAGAGUAAUGCUGCAUUCUGAGUCCAUCGAAAGACCGUCGUAUCUAUUAGUGGUUUAAAAUAAAUUCUAAGUUGUCAUUGAGGAGUGGCGUCUACGUCUGCCCAAACAUGUCCUCUGCUUUUAUUGUUGCUGCAUUUGCCGCAGCUACUCGUGCCGUGUGGCUCUGAACCAGAGGUCCAGAGUGAGUCUUCGCGUUAGUAUUAUGUUUGGAUGGGCUAUUGGGUCGAUGCAACCCAGCUACAAUCUGUGCCCAUGAUGUUUGAACCAUAUCCGUGUUCACUUGCUAUCUAUGCCCAUCAUGUUUGAACAA